AUGUUACUUCUUUGUUAUGUUGCACCUGUUAUGCCAUACCUUUGUUAUCCUGCCGUUCUGUUUAAGUCGUACGGUUGUUGUGCCAGUUCAUUUUUAUUUCCUAUACAUGCCACUAUUACAUUGCGUCAUUUCUUUAUUUUGACUAUAUCACUUCUUCAUUGUCAUUUCUUUAUCCCAUUUCUUUAUUUUACUCCUGUUUUAUACAACUCCCUUGUUAUAUCAGUAUUUUCUGUACUAUUCCUGUGUUAUUUCCUGGACUUGUUACUCCCUUUUUUGUGUCAUUUCUUUAUCCCAUUUCUUUGUUAUAUUACUUGUGUGUUAUACAACUCCCUUGUCAUAUCAGUAUUUUCUAUACUAUUCCUGUUAUUUUCUGGACAUGUUACUCCAUUUUUUUUUUGUCUUUUCUUUAUCCCAUUUCUUUAUUAUACCACUCCUAUGUCAUACAUAUUAUUUUCUAUACUGUUUUUCUCACACAUGACAUUCUUUCAUUUUGUCAUUUCUUCAUUCCAUUUCUUAAUUAUAUCACCUGUUAGGACAUUCUAUUGUCACUGUUAUCUAAACUCUUCCUGUGUUUUUGAUAUGGCAAAAAACUGUGUGUUUUGUGUGUGUGUGUGUGUGUGUGGGGGUAUGUUGUUGCAGUUUUUUCCUAGUUGUCUCUCCUUCAUUAUGUUGUUUCUUUAUCUCAUUCCUUUCAUCCAGUUUCUGUAUCCCCUUUUUUCAUUAUAUCACUCCUGUGUGAUGCGGCUCCAUUGUUACAUUAUUAUUUUGUUAUAG